AAGCCAUCCGAGAAGCGAACUGAUCUAGAUCUUGUUUGUCCGUGGGCGUGUAUGAACUUAAACGAAGAUACACGAUACUUGUUCUUUUAAUCGAUUUUCGAUUUGUAAACAUCCGUGAUAGCUACAGUCGUCGCCUAGCGCAAAUCAUAGGCUGCAGUCGCGUGCUUGUUGUUUUGGGAUGCAUCCCAUAUAGAUACAUAGAAAGAAGUAACAAGGUAUAAAUUACUUAAAUCCUUUUCAGCAAGCGACCUUUACUGGUGGUGGUCGAGAGGGAGAUCAGCGAAGAGACAGAUUGGAUAUCCAUGACCUCUGAUUUCCAGCAUUAUAGUUUCAGGAUGCCGAAUAUAGGGUUUCAGAACCUCCCCCUCAACAUCUACAUCGUUGUCUUUGGAACGGCCAUUUUUGUCUUCAUUCUCAGUCUGCUCUUCUGCUGCUAUUUGAUUAGGCUACGGCACCAGGCGCACAAAGAGCUUUACGCCUACAAACAGGUGAUUCAGAAGGAGAAAGUCAAAGAACUGAACUUACAUGAGAUCUGUGCAGUGUGUUUGGAGGAGUUCAAACAGAAAGACGAACUGGGGAUUUGCCCAUGCAAACAUGCAUUUCACAGGAAGUGCCUCAUUAAAUGGCUGGAGGUUCGGAAGGUGUGCCCGUUGUGCAACAUGCCCGUCUUGCAGCUGGCACAGCAGCAGGGCACUCCAGAGCCUGCGGGCUCAACGCAGCAGCCCCUGCCUGGCGUGGAGAACCUGGUGUAGCCCCCUACCACAACCCCUUCCCACCCCUCCCCCUGCCCGCCCCCCGCCCCCACCCUACAGAUCAUCCCUGAGUAGCCACACCUACUCACCUGUACAGGUACACAAGGCUACACCUAAGGACAGA